AUGGCUGAGAGGACUAUUUUACGCAAAGAUCAGCUAGAAAUUUCUUUACACAAUGAGAAGAAACUGAUCCAGGAAGGGACAAUCAAGGAUGAUAACCCUUUGGACCUCAGUGAGCCAUUUCGGGAACUCUGUGAAGCCUGUCGCAAGGGGGAUUUGAAAAUAUGUCAAGAGAAGAUCACUGAAGGAGUCAAUGUUAACGCUCGAGACCCCUAUGACUAUACUCCCUUGAUCCUGGCUAGUUUAUGUGGACACUAUGAAGUUGCUCGACUUCUGUUGGAGUCUGGUGCUUUGUGUGAACGAGACACCUUUCAAGGCGAAAGAUGUCUAUACAACGCUUUGAAUGACCGCAUACGGAAUCUACUUCUUGAGUAUGAGUAUUCCAAAUCUACCGAUCCCCUCCAGCCUCUCGCCGCCCAUAUAGCGUCGCUCCUCACUCGCGACCAGCCCGGGACGUCUGACAUUGUUGUGCUCGCGGGUGACGAAUCUCUUUAUCUGCACAAGUUUAUACUCGCUGCGCGAUCUCCAUACUUUCAGAAGAAAUUGAAGGCCGAUAUCGCAACUACAGAAUGGGCAUUACCGAGUGCGAUCCCGCCGCAAGCGUUCGGUACAGCGAUCAAAUAUCUCUAUCUUGGAGAAGCGCCUCGCGAUCUCAGAAGCGGACCGGGAACAGGCUUCACCGAAUCUGAGGUCUUUGUGGGCAUUGAUAAGAUCGCCAGCCAUCUGGAGAUUCAGAGCCUUCUGGAUAGUAUCAUUGACAGCGGAGACAGGCGAUUAGCCAGGCAGCGGAGAACUAUAGAGCUCUCAAGAGGCCGUGAUCAACUUGAAGGAUGGUUCCGAGAAAAUGUUCUUGGUAAUAAAAUAGAAGUUGAACCAACCAAAGCAAAAGACGUCAAAUGGGAUCGUCACAAUGAUAUCUUCGCAGAUGUCUUACUCCAAGCGGAUGAGCUUCCUGAAGAAGAAGAGACUGGCGAGAGCCCGCCCCAUGACCUUCGAAAGCAGCAAACAGGGAAAUCAGUUCUCUUCCCUUGCCAUCGAGCGAUGCUACUUCGAUCCGAGUUCUUCCAGGCCAUGUUCUCGUCUGCCUUUCGAGAGGCGCACUUGAAGGAACACCUGAACGUCGUUCCUGUGGACUGCUCACCCGAUGUUUUAGAGAUCGUGUUGACAUUCUUGUAUACCGAACGCGCUGAUUUCCCGCUCGAUAUCGCAGUCGAUGUUCUUUUUGCCGCGGACAUGUUGUUUAUCGAGAAAUUGAAAGCGAAGGCCGCAGUGGUGAUCAGCACCCUCGGCAGUGGCGACAUGUCACAGGCAGAAGCUGCAAGGACUCGGGGCACCAAGGAAGAAGACGAGAUCGAUAUUUAUUCUAUUAUUCGAGCUGCGUGGUUAACUCGAGUUCAGCGGCUGGAGGAAUUCGCUGCACGCUAUCUUGCAUACAGACUAGAAGCACACAUCGAUUCACCCGAAUUCGCAGAACUCAUUCAAGAGUCGGCAGCUCGCAUCAAAGCAAGACAAGAAACGGACUCCAUUGAACUACUGGACGACAUCCGUUUUUAUUUAGGCGAGCGUUUCAGGUUGCGAUUCGAGGAUGCCGGCUUGGAAGAGAUGAUGGAUGAGGAACAAGAACCACAACCUGCUGAUAGUGAGGCUAUUGAAGAGGACCUGAAAGAUAUCACUGACAAGUUCGAUGCCAUCAACUUUCAGGGGCCAACCGGGGUCGCUGUCAGGGAAGAAGAUGCUGCGCAUCAACGAUUCCGUGAGACGGAUCCGGUCGUCAUCCGCACACUAGAUGGUGAAAUCGUCCGUGAUGAAUUUGCCAAAGACGCGAUCAACUACGAGAUUCUGAUGGAGAAACUGGACAGCCUUCUAGAAAAACUGAAUCUGGAAGCGUAA